ACGCAGCUAAAACCCAGGUUUCAUCCAGGUCUUAAUGUUGGUUUUGGGCGAAAUGGAACUUUAUUUGCCAUAGAAGCAGGCAAAGUAAUGGUAACUUGUGAGAAAAUUAAUCCUUAUUGGAAUCAUACUUGGGUUAAACGAUGUUAUGCUGGCCGUGAAGGCCAAGUUAUAUAUAAGAAACACUUUAAUGUUAUUCCUCAUCCACAACAUAAUCGAUUUCUAUUGAUUGACAGAAUAUAA